AUGCCAUUUAAAGAGAACAGCCCCCAACCUCAGAAAGUUCUAAUCACAGGUAUUAGUGGUUUUGUUGGAGCUCAUGUUGCAAAAACCUUCCUGGAUAAUGGAUGGGAAGUGAUCGGUACGGUGCGAUCAGCCGAGAAAGGCGAAAGCCUACUCGAUUUACCAGGUUUUUCAUCAUUUGCAAAAGAUGGCAAAAUAAAAUUCGCAGUCGUUGAAGACAUCAGCAAGGCCGACUUCAAUCCAAUCUUGUGCGGUGUUGAUGCCCUCGCGCAUACUGCUAGCCCUUUUCAUUUCGACGGCAAGAAGUUUUCCGAUUAUGCUGGACCAGCGAUUGAGGGGACUCUGAACGUCCUCAAGGCUGCUCAAGGCUUUCCUCGAAUCAAGGCCGUCGUUGUUACUUCCUCUUUCGUAUCGGUAGUCGAUCACACGGAGCCUCCCGAAAAGCAAGGUGGAAGAGUUUACUCGGAGGCCGACUGGCUCCCAAUCACCUAUGAGGCCGCUGAUGCAAGUACUGAUUCCUCACUUUGGUAUUGCGCAUCUAAGAAACUGGCGGAAGAAGCCGCGUGGAGAGUUAAAGAAGCGGGUGCACCUUGGAAUUUGGCUACCAUUUGUCCGCCAAUGAUAUUUGGUCCAGUCAUUCACACCGAAAACCUGAGUGGCCUGAAUGAAUCCUCACGCCAGUUGUACGACUUAUUUGCAGGAAACACGCACGGAGAAGUACCGCCUACACGCUUCCCUUGUCUUUCAGAUGUGCGUGAUGUGGCCGAGGCUCAUUACCAAGCCAUUUCCCGAAUGGCAAGCGGUAGAUUCAUAGUCGCAUCAGGCGUUUACGAUAACCAGCGCAUCGUGGAUACGAUACGUCAAAAGAUCCCCCACGCCUCGGGGCAAGUUCCUACCGGACGACCAGGGAAGCAUUAUCGCCCAGAAGAAGUUUACGCUCUUAACUCUGACAAAGCGAAGAUAGAACUUGGUAUCAGGAUCAGGGAAUUCGAUGAAAUCAUUGUAGAUACUGUUCAAAAUUAUAUCGACCUCGGGGCCCGAUUCUAA